AGGACACAAGGACGACUCCAAUUCAAUCAAUACUUUGGAUUUGUCGUCUUCCUGUCUUAAAACCUCCCACUCGCUUAAACCCUAGUUAGCCCCCGCCUCUCUUUAUCGAUGUCGAGCCUCGAGGAUGGAUUCGCGGCUGAAAAGCUCUUCGCUCAGGGAUACUCUUACACUUACGACGACGUCAUCUUUCUUCCCCACUACAUCGACUUCUCGACAGACGCCGUCUCCCUGUCCACGCGCCUUAGCCGGCGCGUCCCACUCUCGAUACCUUGCGUUUCGUCUCCGAUGGACACCGUGUCGGAGUCUCACAUGGCCGCCGCAAUGGCCGCCCUUGGCGGGAUUGGAAUCGUGCACUAUAACUGUGACAUCGCCGCUCAAGCAUCGAUUAUCCGCCAAGCCAAGUCCCUCCGACACCCAAUUGCUUCCGACGCCGGUAUGAAACUACCGGAGUUUGAGAUUAGCUCUUUGGAUGCUUUUAGCCCCUCUUCCUUCGUUUUUGUCACGCAAACAGCAGGAACAAUGACGACUCCAAAGUUGUUAGGCUAUGUCACGAAAUCUCAGUGGACUAACAUGAAUUACGAGCAAAGGGAGAUGAAGAUAUACGAUUACAUGAAGAGCUGCGACUUUUGUGUACCAUGGGACAUUGAUAUCGAGAAGAUGGAAGCUCUGUUGGAAGAUAAGCAGAAGGGCUUUGUGGUUCUGGAAAGGGAUGGUGAGACUGUGAACGUGGUGACAAAAGACGAUAUAGAGAGAGUUAAAGGAUAUCCCAAGUCAGGACCAGGGACCGUAGGUCAAGACGGUGAGUGGAUGGUUGGUGCAGCGAUAGGGACGAGAGAAUCUGAUAAGGAGAGGCUGGAGCAUUUGGUCAAUGCAGGAGUCAACGUCGUGGUGUUGGAUAGUUCUCAAGGGAACUCUUUAUACCAGCUUGAUAUGAUUAAGUAUGUGAAGAGGACUUACCCUGAAUUGGAUGUGAUUGGUGGAAACGUUGUGACGACUUACCAGGCGCAGAACUUGAUUCAGGCAGGAGUUGAUGGGUUAAGAGUCGGUAUGGGGUCUGGUUCGAUAUGUACCACACAAGAGGUUUGUGCGGUUGGUCGUGGACAGGCUACUGCUGUGUACAAGGUUUGUUCAAUCGCUGCUCAGAGCGGGAUUCCGGUUAUUGCGGAUGGUGGUAUCUCAAAUUCAGGUCACAUUGUAAAAGCUCUUGUCCUCGGAGCAUCAACUGUUAUGAUGGGAAGUUUCUUAGCCGGAAGCACCGAGGCUCCCGGGGCUUACGAGUAUAAGAACGGUAAGAGGAUCAAGAAGUAUCGUGGAAUGGGGUCGCUAGAAGCAAUGACUAAAGGAAGUGACCAGAGAUACUUAGGAGACACUGCCAAACUCAAGAUUGCUCAAGGAGUGGUUGGAGCAGUUGCGGAUAAAGGCUCUGUGUUGAAGUUGAUACCUUACACAAUGCACGCCGUGAAGCAAGGUUUUCAAGACCUUGGCGCUUCUUCCUUGCAAUCUGCUCAUGAUCUGUUGAGAUCUAACAUCCUCAGGCUCGAGGCUCGAACCGGUGCAGCACAGAUCGAAGGAGGAGUUCAUGGGCUGGUUUCUUAUGAGAAGAAAUCGUUUUAAGCUUUGGCCAAAAUUUGAGGAAUUUGAUUUGACUUUUUCCAUGUUAUACUUUUAGUUUCUAUUUAUUAACAUUGUUUAUACAUUUCUCAUUCCUAACAUCAAUUUUCUCUAAUAUUA